AUGUCGUGGAGAAAUCAGGGAAUCACCGGUUCCAACAACAUCCCCCUGGGAAAGCGACGCUUUGGGGAUGAGGAAGAGGAGAAGUUCGACGGUGGCGAUGCCGCUGUUGAUCGCGACCUGAAGCGAGGACGCGACCCUGAGCCUCGCAGCGAAGCUGAUGGGCCUCGACGACGCAAGAAGCGAAACAGAUGGGGUGAUGCAUCCGAGAACAAAGCCGCUGGCCUCAUGGGCUUGCCCACUGCUAUUUUGUCAAACAUGACAAGCGAGCAGCUUGAGGCCUACACGCUGCAUUUGCGAAUCGAGGAAAUCUCCCAGAAGCUACGCAUCGACGAUGUCGUCCCAGCUGACGGCGACCGAUCUCCUUCUCCCGCUCCUCAGUACGACAACCACGGCCGACGUAUCAAUACACGAGAAUACCGAUACCGCAAGCGACUCGAAGAUGAACGACACAAGCUUAUCGAGAAGGCUAUGAAGACGAUUCCUAACUACCACCCUCCUCAGGACUACCGCAGACCUACAAAGACUCAGGAGAAGGUCUACGUUCCUGUCAACGAUUACCCGGAGAUUAACUUCAUUGGAUUACUUAUCGGCCCUCGUGGUAACACUCUGAAGAAGAUGGAGGGAGACUCAGGUGCCAAGAUCGCCAUUCGUGGCAAGGGCUCCGUCAAGGAGGGCAAGGGCCGGUCUGACGCCGCGCAUGCCAGCAACCAGGAAGAAGAUCUGCACUGUCUCAUCAUGGCCGAUACUGAAGACAAGGUCAACAAGGCCAAGAAGCUCAUUCAUAACGUCAUUGAGACUGCUGCAUCCAUUCCUGAAGGCCAGAACGAACUCAAGCGUAACCAGCUCCGAGAACUCGCCGCCCUCAACGGUACCCUCCGAGACGACGAGAACCAGGCUUGCCAGAACUGUGGCAAGAUCGGCCACCGCAAGUACGACUGCCCUGAAAAGCAGAACUACACCGCCAGUAUCAUCUGUCGCGUCUGUGGUAACGCCGGCCACAUGGCUCGCGAUUGUCCCGACCGCCAGCGUGGUGCCAGCUGGCGCAACACCGAUGCUGCAGCCCGUCCUGCUGGUCGUAUCGGUAGCGGAGAUGCCGUUGACCGUGAAUACGAGCAACUCAUGCAAGAGCUUGGUGGAGGUUCUUCUGGACCUCCUGCGCGUAUCGAGGCCGGCCCUGGCGCUCAAGACAACGGCAGCGCGAAGCCCUGGGAGCGAGGUCCUACCGGCGGACCUGCACCAUGGCGCAGCCGUAACCAAGAUUCUAACGAAGGAGGAUCGGCAGCCCCCUGGGCCCGCGAACGCGGUGGUCGCAACCAGGAUAAUGCCGCUGGUAAUGGCGGUGACAGCUACUAUGGUCAAGCAUAUGGCGGUGCUUCAGGUGCCGCUGCUCCAUGGCAGCAACAAGCUCCUGGAACCCAGGCUGGAUAUGGCGCCUAUCCUGGCUACGGUGCAUAUGGCGCUGCUCCUGGAAUGGCCGCUCCUCCUGGCCUUGGUGCCACUGGUGGUGCCCCUCCACCUCCUCCUGGUGCUCCUCCUGGACUUGGCGACAUUAAUGCUUUCAUCCAGCAGUAUGCUGGUGCAGCACCUCCCCCACCGCCGCCCUCUGGCGACGCUCCACCACCUCCUCCCAGUGAUCAGCCUCCUCCUCCCCCACCCCCCGGUGCUUAG